AUGGCACGGCCAUGGACCCCCCCGCAUACUGAUACCGAUGUCGACCACUCGACUUCACACCACCAUUACUUUACUGACCCAUACCGGCCGGCCCAUGGUGAAUAUACGCCCGUGACGGAGCCUCGCUGGUCGUCGCAUCGUGGAGCCGCCGCCAAAGAGGACGAGUACAAGGGUGUGGGUGUGCGCGCGCGAUGCGAUACCCCAACCGAGCACCACCAUCACCACCACCACCAUCUACCCGUACACCAUGCGCUACCAACACCCAAGUCGGCAGUUACAGCGCCCGUCGCAGUUCCCUAUACACCGACCAAGUCGCAACAACAAGUGCAGCACUCUGGCCUGCAUUAUGGAAACGCCCAGGCUCAGGGACUGCCGCGCUAUCCUUAUACACCGGAUAGCACGCGCAUCCCCCGUCGACAGACCGAACGCACCCUCUCGCCUGUACCCUGGGACACACACUCGUCGCACUCUUCUUCGCCGGUGCAACACGCCUUGUCAUCAUGCAUCGUCCACUUUGAAAAUCUACUGCAGACACGCGAGCCGGAUGAAGAUCAAAUGGAAUACAUCGUCGGCCAACUCGAAGCCAUGGCCAACUACCUGUCCUCACAUGGCGCCCCGUUUCAAAUCAUCGAAGAGCAGGUAUCCACCAACGGACAACUACCCACUGACGAGCAAGUAUCCACCGCGCCCGAGGAGAUUGGGCCAGGAAGUCCACAGUCCAGCGGCAAGGACAAGGUCGAGAAGGAGAUGAGUGGAGAGUAUAUCGCAGAAGUGGGACGGUAUAUCGAGGGUGUACGGGGCUAUGCUACCAAUUUGAAGUCGCGGCUCGAUGAGGUCAAGAUGCUGAAUAGUAUCCAACUCGACGUCAUCAAGGACCUCCGGAGUCAAGUGCAAACCGUCACAGUGGGCCUACAGGCACAGCUCCGCGCAGACGAAGACAAGCACGCAGCCGAAGAAGACGAGGAUGAGGUCGAGGACGAGGUCCGGAUCGAAGACGAGGAAGAAGAUUGCCCGGCAGAUGCGUAUUCCCGCCACCGCCAAAACAAGGGCCAACGACCUCGAGAAUUCGGCCUCGACUCCCAGGCAACCCUGAUAAACCCCUCCCUCCCAUCCUCACAAAUCCUCUCUCCUCCUCCUCCUCCCCCUCCUUCAUCACCAAUACUGGCCAAAAGCUCUCCUACACUCUCUUUGAAGCCACACAAGUACCAAUUUCUCGAUCCAUCUCCAGCUCCCGCCCAGCCCCAUAUCACCCCCACCUCGCAACCAACCCACCAUCACCACCACCACCACCACCACGAAAUCAUCACCAUCAUCCGCACCCCACCCAAACGCAGUUUCUGGGCCUCUUUUGCAACAGCCCUGGAUCAGUUUGGCGAUUUGUUUUACGAACAGACUGGGGAUGCGUGA